AUGUGCAAGUACGGCAGGUACAGAAAGAAGCCAGGUCCUCCCAAACGACUCGUCAACACUGCGGCCUUGGUGACAAGCUCUGCACCAGAGAUAGAUUACGACCAGCAGCAGGCUCUUGAUCCCGCAUCCGUAUUAGAAUCAGACUUGACCGGUAACGAUCAAUUUCUAGAGGCACUCUUCCACGGCGACGAUGCGUCAUGGGCGGACGGUCUGCUAAGCUCUUCCGCGGCGAGAGAAGCUAAUGUCACAGUACCCUUCAUGGAUACGCCCACACCAAGUUUUCCUCGCCAUCUUUCGUCAAAAACUGUCUCGGGCGGGCCUCGCGGACCCGCGGAUCUGAGUCUGGAAGCAGAGGAGUUCUUAUUGGAACUAUACAUCCAACAUGUGCAGCCAAUCUAUCCGCUUCUGCGCUUCUCCGCAUCGUCCUCCGGCAGAUAUGGACUCGCCGGGAUGUCAACCCGGCUUCGAAUGUCCAUCUAUGCUAUCGCUUCUCGGUAUGCGUCAUCUCAACAUCAAGAAUGGCUUUUAUCUCCUGAUUAUUUCGCCAUGAGGGCAGGGCAUUACGCGAAUACUACCAAACUAAGCAUCGACGAGCUUAAGGCGUCCAUUUUGCUUUGCCUGCACAAAAUCGCCUCGGCAGUCACCUGGGAUGCCGUGGCUGAGAUGGCACGGAUCACUCGUAUGGCAGAACUCUACUACCGCAUCAUUGCAGACCAAGACAAGAGUUCAAGAUGCUCACGGUGCGAAUACGAGGCUGAAGAGCUGCGGACCGUAUGGUGGUGUAUUUAUUCCUUGGACACAUGUUUCAGUGCAAUAGCGAUCAUCUCGCAUGCUAUGGCCGACCAUACUCGGGGCAAUAUGACGCUGCCCGUCACGCCAGUGCCUGAUCUGACAAAACCCCCUGGCUCUCAGCAAAGAAAGCUAGAUCAUAUCGGAGACUCACAGCUGUUGCUUACACCCGACCUCAAGCUUUGGGAAAACAUGGCUAUUGUCUUCUCCAAAUCGCCAUGCCGAGGGAGGUGCUUAUACAUCGUCACCUGUACUCUGAUGAGAUCAGUCACGGACCUCCGAUUUUCACUAAAACAAGGGUGCGGACCGGCGUGGAAAGCUCGGUUCCAAGAACUGGAGAGUGAUUGCGCCGCAACCACACUUUCUCUGCCUGCUUGGGUCUUCAAGCCAAUUCGGAACCUGGGGACUGGGGAGACAGAAACAGAACACCGGGAUAGACUGGAGGCAUUGAUUGUCUGGCAAGGUGCAUGUUUGCUACAUGCUGCUUUGGCUGUCCAAUUGGACGGCACAAGCUCAACUUCAGAGUCAGCAUUCCAGGCGCAGUGGCAGACCGUGAUAGCGCGAGCGAACGAGGUGCUCCGCGUUGUCCAGAACUGGAAGCCGGACUAUUUCGAGGCCAUCGAUUCCAAGAGCGCGUAUAUCAUCCUGCUUACCGGUAUCGUGUUGACGCUAGACGGGGCAAUCCAUUCGGCUACAACGUCAUCCAGUGCACGACCGUCGCACCACAUGGAUCUAUUAUUCCUUUUCUUGGCCCAAAUAGGCCGGCAUUGGCUCCUUGAUAUACUAAAGAAAUAUUGGGCCAACCCCCCAUUGUGCCAGUCCCAUAAAUCGGCCUUCGACUUUCUUCUAGAUAUCGUGCUUAAUAGACAGAUUCACUUCUCAGCAGCCAACCCGGCAAUGAACGGUGGCUCUCCGGGCUCCAUGGAUUUAUUAUCAUUGUCCGAGAUCACAACAGAAGUAGAAGAAAGCUGUCAAAACGACAGGAGCUGGGAAUCCUGGUCUAAUAACGAGCUCGAGCUCGCGUGGGAUCUUCCCGAUGCAAUCCCUGGAGAGGUCGGCUCGUCCCUAGACUGGGACUCCGUACUUACAUAA